UUACCAGAAAACAACAGUUUAAAAACAAUUACAGAUAUGUUAGGAACUACUGAUGUGAAAUAUUUACAUUUUCAUUCGAAAAAAUCUUUGUCCUUCAAAAAACUGCAUUUGAAGAGCUUCGAGAAUUUAUAUUUAUUGGAUUUAUCGUAUAACUAUAUAGUUAUGAUGGACAAAUAUCUGCUGGAGGAUCUAACUAAUCUAAAGAAACUAAUUAUGCGCGACAGUAAUUUACAAACAACCUUUCCUUUUCGUUAUCCUCCCCAAUUGCAUGAGAUAGACUUAGGAGAGAAUGAAUUAAUAUCGAUAACACCAGGCUCAUUCGACAAAUGUCAUAAUUUAACAUUCCUUUCUUUAGAAAAAAAUAACUUAACUGAGCUUGAAUCGGGAAUUUUCGACAAACUUAUAAAUCUUAAGUCUUUGUACCUUACCUCGAAUAACUUGGUCAGCUUGCCGGAAGACAUAUUUGCGAAGCUAAAAAAUCUCGAAACACUUAGUUUAUCUAAAAACAGUUUUACAAUUUUGCCAAGAUACCUGCUACAAAACAAUACAAAUCUGCAAAGUUUUGACUUAUCCUUCAAUAAGAAGAAAUUGAUCGACUUACCAAAUGAAUAUUUUAAAAAUUUAACAAAAUUGGAGAUAUUGAAGCUGGAAAACAAUGGAUUAAUCUUUUUGCCGGAAGAUCUUUUGUGGGGAUGUUACUCACUGACCACUCUCAGUCUAAGUGGAAAUAAUCUUGGUUUUUUAUCAGAACUUAUAUUCCGGGAUUUGACAAAAUUGUCAGAAUUAAAAUUAGACUCCAAUGCAUUUAAAGACCUACAUGAUUAUAUAUUUUUAAAUCUCAGACAAUUAAUAAAAUUAGAUUUAUCAAAAAAUCAUAUUCGUUCCAUUAACGAUCAACUUUUCCAAAAUUUAAUCAAGUUGGAAGAAUUGAACAUGGCAGAUAAUUCCUUAUCAAUUAUUUCUGAUAAAAGUUUCAAUUCUUUAAGCAGAUUAAGGAUUGCUAAUUUUUCAAACAACUUUCUUACGUUACAACCCACUACGAGAAUUCAUGUACAUUCACCUUUUAUUGAUUGUCGUUUAUUAGAAGAAUUAUAUUUAAGCCACAAUAAUAUUUUGCAAAUAUUCAACGACUGGAUUAUUAUUCAUUCACGCCUUAGAAAACUGGAUCUCAAUAAUAACUAUAUAUCCAGUUUUUAUAUCGACGAUUUACAGUUUGCAUCAAAAAGAAUCGAAGUGGAUUUAACUUAUAAUGAAAUACAAUACAUCAGUUUAGAGGAUGUCGAAGACGUGAUCAAUAAUGGUUGGUUAAACAGCAUAGUGAUAUUGAUUGGACAUAAUCCUUUGCAUUGCGAUUGCAAAUUGUAUGAUUUUCUGCGCUAUAUCGAAGGCAAAAUGCAUCCUAACAUCAAAAGAUAUAUUCGUAUAGAUUCAGAAAAUUUAACUUGUCACACUCCAUUUCGAUUGAAAGACGUGCGUGUUAUAAAUUUGCAAUCUGAGUCAUGUAUAGCAAAUAAUACAGAUAUUGUGAUGUGCCCCGAUAAGUGCAACUGCUUUGUCAAGCAAGAAGAAAAAAUGUUCAUGAUUGAUUGCUUUCGUAAAAAUUUGACUAUUGUGCCAAGCUUCAUGAUAAAGUCGUUCGAUUCCUGGCAAGUCGAAUUCAAUCUCUCCAAUAACCAAUUAACACAAAUGCCAAAUUUGACAAACUUGAGUUAUGGAGUAGUGAGCAAACUUAUCUUAUCUCACAAUAACAUUUCCGAGAUUUCCUUGGAUGGACUGUCGAUAACAUUAAAGGCUUUGGAGAUACAUAAUAAUAAUAUAUCAACAAUAUCUUCCGAUGUGUUAAAUUUCUUGAGAAACGCCACAAAUUUAACUUUAUUGACGUUACGUGGAAAUCCAUUGAUAUGCGAUUGCAAUACUAAAGAUUUCAUAGAUUUUAUUAUCUUAAAAUCCAAAAUUAUAGCUGAUCUGCAUAAUGUGACGUGUAAUGGCAAGAAUAAACUUAUAUCAAACAUGAUGACAAUGAACUUGACCGACUCUUGUCCGAUUGUUCAUUAUAUGAAGAAUAAUGGAGAACAAUUGUAUACAGAGCACAUUUACUGGUUUAUUUCUACUUUUACGGGAUUAAUCAUUGGCACAUUCUGUUAUAUGAUUAUCGUGAUAAAUGUGUUAGUGCGCGCACUGGAGAACGGCUCGACGUCAUUCAAGCUGUGCCUUCCUUAUAGAGACUGGUUAACAAGCGAAUGGACAAUGUGCAAAAUGUUCACUCGUUACGAAAUAUAUUACACGAUUUUAUUUGUCGUGGGUAGUAUAUUCGCUGCUAAUUGUCCAAAUAAUGAGACAUGCAAAUGUACAUCAAAUGAACUGGUCGAAAUAAAUUGUAAAAUAAACAAUUCUUCUAUUAAAAUUCAAAUUAAACCAGGCCAAUUUAUGAAAGUUUACUGCUCUAACUUCAAGUGGUCAGACCUACAUACGUACAAUUUUACAAAAUACGAAACAAACUGGGUGUAUUUUUUUACGUGCAAUUUACCAAAAAACAACAGUUUAAAAACGAUUACAGAUAUGUUAGGAACUACUGAUGUGGAAUAUUUACAUUUUCAUUCCAAAAAAUCUUUGUCCUUCAAAAAACUGCAUUUGAAGGGCUUCGAAAAUUUAUAUUUAUUGGAUUUAUCGUAUAACUACAUAGUUAUGAUGGACAAAUAUCUGCUGGAGGAUCUAACUAAUCUAAAGACACUAAUUAUGCGCGACAGUAAUUUACAAACAACCUUUCCUUUUUAUUAUCCUCCCCAAUUGCGUGAGAUAGGCUUAGGAGAGAAUAAAUUAAUAUCGAUAACACCAGGCUCAUUCGACAAAUGUCGUAAUUUAACAUUCCUUUCUUUAGAAAAAAAUAACUUAACUGAGCUUGAAUCGGGAAUCUUUGACAAACUCAUCAAUCUUGAGUCUUUGUACCUUACCUCGAAUAACUUGGUCAGCUUGCCGGAAGACAUAUUUGCGAAGCUAAAAAAUCUCGAAACACUUAGUUUAACUAAAAACAGUUUUACAUUUUUGCCAAGAUACCUGCUACAAAACAAUACAAAUCUGCAAAUUUUUGACUUAUCUUUCAAUGAGAAAAAAUUGAUCGACUUACCAAAUAAAUAUUUUCAAACUUUAACAAAAUUGAAGAUAUUGAACCUGGAAAAAAAUGGAUUUACUCGUUUGCCGGAAGAUCUUUUGUGGGGAUGUUUCUCACUGACUACUCUCAGUCUAAGUGGAAAUGAUCUUGGUUUUUUACCCAAACUCAUAUUCCGGGAUUUAAAAAGGCUGAGAAAAUUGAAAUUAGACUCCAAUGCACUUGAAGAACUACAUAAUUAUAUAUUUUCGGAUCUCAGAAAAUUAAGAAAAUUAGAUUUAUCAAAAAAUCGUCUUCGUUCCAUUAACAAUCAGCUUUUCCAAAAUUUAAUCAAGUUGGAAAAAUUGAACAUGGCAGAUAAUUCCUUAUCAGUUAUUUCUGAUAAAAGUUUCAAUUUUUUAAGCAGAUUAAGGAUUGCUAAUUUUUCAAACAACUCUCUAACGUUACACCCCACUACAAGUAUUCAUAUUGAUGAACAAGGAAUACGUUCACCUUUUACUUAUUGUCACUUAUUAAGAAUAUUAAUUUUAAGCCAUAAUAAUAUUUCGGAAAUAUUUGACGACUGGAUUUUGAAUCCUUUCCUUCAAAUACUGGAUCUCAAAAAUAACUAUAUAUCCAAUUUAUCUACCCACGAUUUACAGUUUGCAUCGAAAAGUAUUGACGUGGAUUUGACUUAUAAUAAAAUACGAUACAUCAAUUUAAAAAAUGUCGAAGACUUCGUCAAUAACAAUUGGUUAUAUGGAAGAAUAGUGAUAUGGAUUGAACAUAAUCCUUUGCAUUGCGAUUGUGGAUUGUAUGACUUUCUGCGCUAUAUUGAAAACAAAAUGCUUCCUAACGUCACAAGAAAUAUUAAUAUAUAUUCAGAAAAUUUAAUUUGUUCUACUCCAUUCCAAUUGAAAGACGUGCGUGUUAUAAAUUUGCAAUCUGAGUCAUGUGUAGCAAACAAUACAGAUAUUAUGAUGUGCCCCGAUAAGUGCAACUGCUUUGUGAAGCAGGAGGAAAAAACGUUCAUGAUUGAUUGCUUUCGCAAAAAUUUGACUUUUGUGCCAAGCUUCAUGAUAAAGCCGCCCGAUUCCUGGCAAGUCGAACUCAAUCUCUCCAAUAACCAUAUAACACAAAUGCCAAAUUUGACAAACUUGAGUUAUAGAAUAGUGAGCAAACUUGUCUUAUCUCACAAUAACAUUUCCGAGAUUUCCUUGGAUGGAUUGUCGAAAACAUUAAAGGCAUUGGAGAUACAUAAUAAUAAUAUAACAAGAAUAUCUUCCGAUGUGUUAAAUUUCUUGAGAAACGCUACGAAUUUAACUUUAUUGACGUUAGGUGGAAAUCCAUUGAUAUGCGACUGCAAUAUUACAGAUUUCUUAGAUUUCAUUAUCACAAAAUCCAAAAUUAUAGCUGAUCUGCAUAAUGUGACGUGUUAUGGCAAGAAUAAACUUGUAUCAAACAUGAUGAAAAUGAAAUCGACCGAUUUUUGUCCGAUUGUUCAUUGUGUGAAGAAUAAUGAAGAACAAUCGUAUACAGAGUACAUUUACUCGUUUAUUUCUACUUUUAAGAGAUUUAUCGCUGACAUGUUCUAUUAUAUGUAUUAACUGCAUCUUAAAAAAUGGCUAUUUAC